AUGAAGAUACUACAGGCAUAUGGCCUUUCUUUCCUCCUGAUCACUGCUUUGAAAUUGUCAGCUGUUGCAUCGGUCUUAUUUCCAUCCCCCACCAGGUCAACAAGGAGGGACUUUUAUAUUGCACAGGCAUACCUUGACAGAUAUUAUACAAAGAAAGGAGGACACCAGAUUGGGGAGAUGGUUGUAAAAGGACGCAACAUUAUGGAAAGGAAAAUUAAAGAAAUGCAAGCAUUCUUUGGCCUCCAAGUCACUGGAAAAUUGGAUUAUUCUACUAUGAAGGUGAUGAAGAAGCCUAGAUGUGGUGUACCUGAUGUUGCAAAUUAUCGUCUAUUCCCAGGUGAACCCAAGUGGAAAAAAACCACUUUGACAUACAGAGUCUCAAAAUAUACAUCCUCAAUGAGCCAUGCUGAAGUUGACAAGGCAGUAGACAUGGCCUUACAGGCUUGGAGUAAUGCUGUCCCUCUGAAUUUUGUUAGACAAAACACAGGAGAAGCAGAUAUCAUGAUCUCAUUUGAAAUUGGAGAUCAUGGGGAUUCAUACCCAUUUGAUGGUCCUCGAGGGACUCUGGCCCAUGCAUUUGCCCCUGGAGAAGGCCUGGGAGGAGACACCCAUUUCGACAAUGCUGAGAAGUGGACUAUGGGAACGAAUGGAUUCAAUUUAUUCACUGUCGCUGCCCAUGAAUUUGGCCAUGCAUUGGGAUUGGCCCAUUCUAGUGACCCCUCAGCACUGAUGUAUCCAACUUACAGGUACCAACAUCCCUAUGGAUUCCGCCUCCCCAAGGACGAUGUGAAAGGGAUCCAGACAUUAUACGGACCUCGCAAAACAACUACCGAAAGACCCAAUGUGCCCCAUGUCCCUCCUCACAAACCAUCAGACCCUGACGUCUGUGACUCCACCUCAUCCUUUGAUGCUGUGACAAUGCUAGGAAAGGAAUUGCUAUUCUUCAAAGACAGGAUUUUCUGGAGACGGCAAGUUCACCUGACAGCCGGAAUCAGGCCCAGUACCAUCACCAGCUCCUUUCCCCAGCUCAUGUCAAAUGUGGAUGCUGCUUAUGAAGUGACUGAGAAGGGCAUAGCUUUCUUUUUCAAAGGUCCUCACUAUUGGAUAACAAGAGGAUUUCAAAUGCAGGGUCCUCCCAGGACCAUCUAUGACUUUGGGUUCCCCAGGCAUGUGCAGCAAAUAGAUGCAGCUGUCUACCUACGGGAACCCCGGAAGACUCUCUUCUUUGUUGGGGAGGACUACUACAGCUAUGAUGAAGUAAAAAGGAAAAUGGAAAAAGAUUACCCAAAGAACAUUGAAGAAGAAUUUUCAGGAAUAAUUGGCAAAGUAGAUGCUGCUGUUGAAGUGAAUGGUUACAUUUACUUCUUUUCAGGACCAAAAGCCUAUAAAUAUGAUAUAGAGAAGGAAGAUGUGGUUAAUGUGGUUAAAUCCAGUUCCUGGAUUGGUUGCUAA